AUUCCAAGGCAUUCAUCACAAGUUUACAGCAGCUUGGCAAAUUCUCUUAAUAUUCCAAGGCAUUCCUAAUUUGCCAAGUUUGCAGCAGCUUGGCAAAUUAGGCAAUUAUGGGCCUGGACUUUGAAAAAUUACAAAUUCGAUCCUUUUCUAUAAUUUCUUUUCCGCUUUUGAGCCCAUGAAGACAAGCCCAGUUAUGUUGCCCUCUCUUCUGGGUUUCCAAUGAUUUCAAUUCUUAGUACUGCAUUGAACUCCCGCGAAUACCCAGUCUUCAAGAAUACCAAACCUUGCCUCUUACAUCUUUCUUCCUCUGAAUUUCUCAUUCCUGUUGUCAAUUCUAUGAAACAAUCCCUUUCCUUCAAUCCGAUCUUCAAUAAUGGCUUCCAAAGCAAAGCAUCCUUCUUCUUCUAUAUUAUCACCUCUAUCUCCCUUCUUCAUCAUUCAUUUGUUUCCUAAUUCAACAUACUGCAACUUUUCUCCUCAUCUUCUUCUUCUGUUUAAUCUGCAAAAAUGGCAUCCCAAGAACCUGCUUUGACAUCUCAAAAAUCCAAAAAAUCCUCUGAAGAACCAGAGACAACCCCUCAAGAACCAGUACCCACAACUCCUUUGAUUCCAUCGGCUAAGUACUCGAACCGGGUGGUGCUGAAAACCAUUUUAGAACGAAGCGAUGGAGGUGUUGGAUUGGCGGGUGCGAGACUGGUGAUUGGUGGGUGGGUGAAGUCUUCUAACGAAUUGAGGAAUGAUCCUCCUUCAAUGCAGCCAGAGGAUAAUGAUGGAGUUGCUGAAUCUCCGGGCCAUAAAGAAUUCAGCUGCAUGGAGAUUCUUCAAACUCGAGUACCCUUAUUCAGGUCAAUAGCGAAGAUUUUCGGUGCUAGUGGCAAUUUCCCAGUUCGUGCAAGAUUGCAGCAAGCGUCCUCUAAACCGCCUGCAGCCUCUACACCAUCACCUCCUCCGAUUGUUAAGUUGCUUGUUAACGAUGGUUCUUGUGUUGCAAGUCUCCACGUUACGAUAGAGUUCUCGGAUGAUUUCCCCAUCCGACCGCUGCCUAUUGGAACUUGUGUAUUAGCUGAGGGGGUCCUGAAUCAGUUACCAGCGCAGGCAAAACAUAGUAUUGAGUUCAAAGUAGAAAAAUUCCUUCAUAUAGGUACAGUGGAAGAUGAUAAAUAUCUAUUAUCAAAGAAACGAUUGCCGUUAGAGUCCUUGAGAGAUUACUCUCAUUUUCGGCCUCGGACAACUACCAUGGCAUCUGUUAUGCGAAUUCGCAGCGCCUUGGCCUUUGCAACUCACUCAUUCUUCCAAGAUAAUGGUUUUCUUAGUAUGGAAGUACCCAUUAUGACAACCACAGAUGGUGAAGGAUGUAGUGCAAAGUUCAGGGUUACUACUCUUUCUGGCAAAGAGGUUGAAAAGGGGAAGCCAAAAAUUACUGAUGAUACUGAAGGUGUUAGGCUUGAAGUUGUUAAGGGUGCCAUAAAAGAGAAGAAUAAUCUAAUUCAACAACUCCAGAGAAGUGACAGCAACAAGGAAGCAUUAUUCAUAGCUGAGCAGGAUUUGCUUAAAACAAAUCAAUUGCUAGCACAGUUAGAGGAAAAGGAGAAACUUAGAUUGGAAACUUUAAAGAAGGCCAGCAAGGCUAAUGUUCCUGAAGAUUUCUUCUCUCAGCAUACUUACCUAACAGUUUCUGGUGUUCUUCAUCUGGAGAGCUAUGCAUGUAGUCUUGGAAACGUCUACUCCUUCGGACCCAGGUUCCGAGCAGACAGAAAGGGAACUGCAAAACAGGUGGCAGAGAUGUGGGCGGUCGAAGCUGAAAUGGCUUUUUCAGAGCUUGAGGAUGCCAUGAACUGUGCAGAAGACUAUUUCAAAUUCCUCUGCAAAUGGGUUUUGGAGAAUUGUUCAGCAGACAUGAAAUUUGUUUCAAAACGAAUUGACAAAACCAGAAUCAAUCUUCUUGAAGCAAUGAAAUCAUCGUCAUAUGAAAGAAUCACUUAUGGGGAAGCAGUGAAUAUCUUGAAAAAGGUUGCUGAUAGAAAAUUUGAAACUCAACCUGAAUGGGACAAUGGAUUAACAUCUCAACAUCUAAGUUAUUUGGUUGAUGAAAUCUAUAAGAAGCCUGUAAUUAUAUACAACUUCCCAAAAGAAUUUAAACCAUUUUACGUGCGACUGAAUGAGGAUGGAAAAACAGUUGCAGCAUUUGAUAUGAUUAUACCCAGGGGUGGAACAUUAAUCACAGGUAGCCAAAAGGAGGAACGCUUCAAUUUGCUAAAUGAAAGGAUAAAUGGACUAGGGUUGGCCAGAGAUCAAUAUGAAUGGUACUUAGAUCUUCGCCGGCACGGCACAGUCAAGCACUCUGGUUUUACUCUUGGAUUUGAUCUUAUGGUUCUGUUUGCUACUGGAAUCCCUGAUGUUAGAGAAGCAAUUCCUUUCCCCAGAAGCAGUGGCAAGGUUAACAAUUAAACAGGCUUCCAGAAAGAAAUCAUUCCCCCAGCAAUGAAAUAACCAUGCAGAUAAGGCAAGAAAAUUAGAAAAAUUUUAUACAUGCAAAUAUGUAAUUGUAAAUGCUGAAGCAUAAAAUACAAGAGAUGUGUAUGCUAGAUCAAGAUCAUUAUUUUACAUUCUGGUUGACCUAAUGUACAAAAGGAAAAUUAUUGGUGGAAAUAAAAUUAUUUCAAUUUUAUGCA